GUAACAAACCCUUAGGUCUUUGUCCAACUUAAAGGGAGGGUUUCAUGGUUCGGCGCAUGUCUGUAGUAUUUAUUCGCCUGCGCACGCUUUUUGGCACUGGCCCAGUUUUUCAUUGUUUAUGAACCAAUCGCAAGCAAGUGACCUAAUUUUGCAUGCAAAUAGCCGUAAAAUCAUCAACCGUAGAAUAAAUCGUACGAGUCAAGACUAAAUUGAACGGUCGACAGCGUAGGUAAAAUCCACUGAAAACUUCUGAGAAUUUUGGUCAUCCGUUAUUCUACCACGACUAACUAAAGCAUGUGAUUACUGAACUACACCUAAGUGGGGUUUUAAUGCGAUAACAUUGAUAAGAAGCGAACAAAAGUAUUUUGAUUUAGAGACAUGCGCCGAACCGUGAAACCCUCCCUUUAAUUUAUAUCUGUUUAGUUAUUACGUGGAAAGCGGAAGCGGAUAGAGGGAUUCUUGGAACUCGCUAAAUUCAUGUUAAAUGUAAACAAAAUGUGGAACGAAGACUAAAAACUUCAAUUUUCGCACACGAAGACUUAGAUCUCAACUUUUGGUCAAAAAUGGCUUGCGAAAACGCAAAUGAUUAUGACUACAGAUUAGUCGAUGAUGAAACUGGUCUUAAGGAUGCGAUCUCUGAGCUCAAAGGGAAAAUAGCUGAACGGAACGCCCUUUUAGCCGUCGAUUGUGAGGGAGAUUCACUUAGCAGGAAGGGAGCGCUUACCAUCAUCACAGUAGCAACUGAGGAGAAAGCCUACAUAUUCGAUGUGUUGAAAUUAGGACAACUCGUAUUCAGCAGUGGACUUGGUGAAAUUCUUGAAGACAAAUCUCGUGAGAAGUUGACGUUUGAUUGCCGACAAGAUUCCGACGCGCUUUGGCAUCAGUUUAAGGUCAAACUAAGCGGAGUCUUGGAUCUUCAGCUGCUUGAAGUCAUCUAUCGCCGAGAAAACCCCACAGCCGACUCCACAGUUAAUACUCCUGGGUCAGUUUCCACCACGAACAAACGCGGUGGUCGUGGUGGCCGUCGCAACCGCCGCAGCCAGAAAACAGAUGAAGUAGAGAAGAUAAAUGGCUUAAGUCGCUGCAUCGAGUUGUACCUCCAGGAUGAAAAGUUGACCAAAAUAAAGGACAAAGGGAAAGAGCUGUUAAAGGAAGACAACGAAGUGUGGACAAAGAGACCCCUGACGGAUGAUCUUAUCCAGUACUGUAUUGUGGAUACCAUGGCGAUGUUCAGGUUGUACAACAAGAUGAAGGAUGUCAAUGGUGGAGAACAGGCUCGUCUGCGAGUUGCAUCCGAGAAGUAUGUUGAUCUGUAUCGUGAAAAGAGAGAAAGGUCUUUCGAUGACUAUGAAACAAACGCGUAUCUACCUCUUGACAUCAUCCCUGAUAAAGGAACUCUAGAUUUUCCGGCUGCUAACACUGAAUGUACGCGCUGCCAUCGACGAUUUCCACGAGAAGAAUUCAGUGCAACACAGCUGAGGAAAGGAGAACAGAAAUGCAGGGUGUGUAAGGAAAUCAAGCGCCUGGAGGAUGUACAAAGAAACAGAGGACGUGCUGCCCGAGAUGAUGAUGAUGAUGAUUGUGUUUAUAUUCCUGAAGGCAUGUCUGAUUACGCGUGGGUUAAUGGCCAUGAACCUUGGGAGGACUCAGGCUACUCUGAUUAUUGGUGAAGCCUCAUGACUUCAGUGAUUGCAAAGACAUUUAUAAGACUAAAUUGAGACGAACGUAAGAGUGUGAAUCAUGCUUUUGUUUCCAUUUUUACCAAGUUAUACCAUUUACUAAUACCAAUAUUUGUUUUCUUUGUUUCAGUGGCAUGCCUGUAAAGUAGCUAAGCUUAGUUCUUGUAUAGCUAAGUGCAUGUCCACUAUAAAUAAGAUGUACAUUUACUUUACAUUUAAAGUUAAACUUAUCUGCACGGAGAGAGUGUUUUAACACUAUUUAAAACAAGUAUUAAAAAGCAAUAGCAAGCAAGUAGAUUUAGCAAUUAAGCAGAUUAAAUUCAAACAGAUGUUUUAAACUUCACUCUUUUAAAAGUCCAUUAUUAUUAUUACUAGUAGCGAUCAAAGUUAGAGCAGUGCGUUCAAGCGCGUACUUUGCAUGUUUGGUCUACUUUGGUGGCGUUCGACUGGCUCGAUAGAAAACUAAGUGUAAUCGAAUGACAGAUAACGGUCUGCACGUGAAGUUAAACCCUGCGGUAAAAGUGUUUUUAAUUAAUUAGGUAUUAACUUGUACUGAACAAAAUAUUUUCCAGGAA